GCGCACAUAAUUAAUAUGUACGAGAAAACAUUAACAAUAGGAAAUGCAAAAGUUAAUAAUGCAUAUGAGUGGCAAAUAGUGAGUUACAACAACAAAAGCACAACAACAGCCAAACCAAAGCAAAACAAUCACAAAACUAGCAAAAGCAGUGCAAAAACUGCAACCAAAACAAAUGCAACAAAAAUAGCAGCAAGUGCAACAGCAACAACAACUACACCCAAAGAAACGGUUAAACCCUCCACACAACCACUACAAAAUAACCAAAAGUACAAAUACUUCGGCAGUGCGGCGCGCCGGCUGGCGCAUCAAAUAAAGCGGGCGCAUCGGCAUUUAUUGACCAGCGGCGGCAACGACAAACAACCACAACAAAAGCCUGUUGCAAAAAGGACACCAAAAACAACAACAACGGCGGAGGGUGCAGCAGCUGGAAAACAGAAACAGCAGCCGCGUAACAAACGCGCAAGCAACAAACAAUUGUUAAAAAGUGAUAAACCAAAGCCGAAAGCAGGCAAACACCAGCGUCAACAGCGUGGCAGCAGCAGGCAGAGUCGCAGUGACGGGGCACUAUCGGGGCAGUCUUCGCGUUGGUGCUCCAUCGAGGCGCAGCUGAAUGUGCUGGACGAUCUGCUCUAUUACUGCGAUGAGGAGGCCGAACUGUAUUUAGCCCAGCUCUACGAAAGGUACCAGCAGCUCAUCUGCGACAAGAGCUCCAACAGUGAGUACGAGUCGGGAUCGACGGACUUUUGGAGCGACGCCUCUGACUCCGAAGACAAUAUGUCGCAGCAAAACAGUGCCGACGACGACGCCCUGUCCAGCACCAGCGGGACGGGCAGCAACAGCACCCACAGCCUGGUUCCAGCCGCCCUGAAACGACGGGGCCAUCAGCAUCAUCCCCGCUUCUCGGGCACACGGCGGCCCAAUGUGCCCAAUGUCCAGGAGAUACUGGCCGCUCUCUAUCGCGGCGACUCCAAGGGGGUGCUCUCCAAUCUGCGCGGUGAGGCUCAACCAGAGCCAGAACCCGAGAACGAGACACCCGUGGAGGCGCCUUCCACGCCGAUUAGCCGCAGCACCCUAAGUCUUCCACUCACCGAUUCGGUGACCAAUUCCCUGGGCAGCAACAGUCCCACGCCCACGGAUGAGAGCAGCAUUCAAGAUGACAGUGCGGCCACACCCGUAACGGGAACCACAACAGCAACGGCAACGCCUUCAGGCCUUCCGGUGCCCCCCAACGGGAAGGAGAAGGAGGCCAAAACGUCCAGUGGCAAGAAAAAGAAGAGGGACAGAGGCGAAAAGUCCGAGAAGCGGGAAAGGGGCGAAAAGUCCGAGAAGAGUGAUAGAGGCGACAAGUCGGAGAAGAGUGAAAAAGGUGAAAAGUCAGAGAGAAAGAAGAAGUCCUCCUCGUCAUCGUCGGGCAAGCGCGAGCGCAGCAAGCGUCAUGGACAUGGAGCAGCCGGCACGAGUGCAAUGGAGGCCAGCAGUGAUAGCCUGGCCACCGAUCUCAGUGCCGGGGCCAUCGACGAGGGCAUCGCACUGGGCGAUGACGACGACACCCAGUCGGCCGAGUGGUCCAAAUUGCGAUGCACCAGCGAGGCGGCCGAGAUUGUGGCGGAGCGCGAGGCACGUCGGAACAAGGGACGGUGUGCGGACUAUCCGGGUCUGGCCUUUGGACGUUCCAUCUUCAGUUCGGACACCAUGAUGAAGUUCAAUAUCAUCCGGAACGAGCUGCACAACAUCAUGAAUACACAACUAAAAAGGGCCGAAUCUGAGGUUGCUGCUCUGAACCGUCGCAUUCAGUUGCUCGAAGAAGACUUGGAGCGCUCUGAGGAGCGUCUGGGUUCCGCCACAGCCAAGCUGUCGGAAGCCUCUCAGGCCGCCGAUGAGAGCGAACGUGCUCGCAAGAUUCUUGAGAAUCGCGCCCUUGCCGAUGAAGAACGCAUGGACGCUCUCGAGAAUCAGCUGAAGGAAGCGCGUUUCCUUGCUGAGGAGGCUGACAAGAAAUACGAUGAGGUUGCCCGUAAAUUGGCGAUGGUUGAAGCUGAUUUGGAGCGUGCCGAAGAACGUGCCGAACAGGGUGAAAACAAAAUUGUGGAGCUUGAGGAAGAGCUGCGCGUGGUUGGUAACAACCUGAAGUCCCUGGAAGUCUCUGAGGAGAAGGCCAACCAACGCGAGGAAGAAUACAAGAACCAAAUCAAGACCCUGAACACUCGUCUAAAGGAGGCUGAGGCUCGCGCUGAGUUCGCUGAACGUUCCGUUCAGAAAUUGCAGAAGGAAGUCGACAGGCUCGAAGAUGACUUGCUGAAUGAGCGCGGAAAGAACAAACUGCUGCAGGAGGAAAUGGAGAACACUUUACAUGACAUACAGAACAUGUAAAACCAUAUAAUUUGCUUGUGUAAAUUAACUAAACUGCCUGCUUUGACGUCAAAACUAUAUACACACCACAACCACAACCAGCCACCACCACCCCCCAACAAAACUGGCGCUUUCCAUAUUUAAAUCUAGAAAAGGAAAACAAAACACAUUUACACCCCUUCCAAAAGCAUAACUUGAGACAAGACAAGACACCCAGGACGCCAAGUGUCUUCCAUUUGCAGAGUGAACGCCAUCUUUCCGAAGAACUCUGGAGAAAAACAAAAGCAAACAAAAAAGAAAACGAAAGAAAAUUAAAAAUUAUUAGGGUUAAAUAAUGACCACGAAAGAAGCAAAAAACAAGACAUUCUUCCCGUAGCAAGCGCAUUCCAAUUUUCAAAUUCCAAAAAGGACGAGCACGCACACGCACGCGUCGCUGUGACUGGCAGCUAGCGUUCCAAUCAAAAUUUAUCGAUAUCGCCUUUACAACACUGUUGCAAUAUUUAGUGCCCCUAUUCGUUUCGACAAACGAGAGAUAAACGUAGAUGUUUUAUUCAUUAAUUUACACUUGCUUUUGCUACCCCUUUUACCCUUUUACAUUGUUUUGUUUUGUGUAUUACGAUUAAAAUCGACAAAUCGAGAUGACAACUUGGACAAGACAACAAAAUGCAUUGCCGCCUUCUUCUUAGUUUAUGUGUAUUUUUUAUUUUAAAUAGAGAGACAAACAAAACGCUGUUAUUUAUAUUUAAAGAAAGUGAAGUACAUUCUAUAUGCUAAAAAAGAAACUUUGUAUUUUUGUCGCCAGCGCUUAACUGUAUUAAUAUUUACAAUACAUAUAUGCUAAUGUUUAUACAUUGUUUAUACAUUAUUUAAACAAAUUGUCGUGUUUGCAAAACGUUGUGUAAUAUUUGCCUACUUUUAAGUUUGCCGCCACGCCUACCACACACACACACACACACACACACCCCCACCACCACCACCCAAAAACACACACACACUACUAUAAUUACAAUUAAAAUUAUUUCGACAAAUUUAAAAAAAAAAACAACUUUUAAGCGAGACAAAACACACAGCCAGCGCACAUCCAUUCCAAUUGCAAUUUGCGUUUGCCGAUUUUCCGGUUGCGCCUAUCUU